AUGACUGACGACCAAAGACCUCUCAAGCGCGUUCGGCAAGCCUGUGAACCAUGCCGGCGGAAAAAGUCGCGGUGUCCCGGAGAGAAGCCUGUAUGCUCCUUUUGUGAACGUCUGGGCCAGCAAUGUGUCUACGCUCAGCCGGAGGCCGAAAUGCCGGCUGCUGAUAUUGCUAAACGGCUAUCAAGCGUCGAAGACAAGCUAGAGGAGCUCACUCGGAGCCUGAGACCCCAUUCGACACCGGAAGUCACGCGUCCACCACUCGUGCAGCCCAACCUGCAGCAGAAUGACCUGUCGACAGUUGCUCACCUCUUUCUUACCUGCUGCAACUACCAGCCUCUGCCGCUGUUUUAUCCCGAUGGCUUCGUAGAGUCCCUCGAGGGUCGCGAUCCGGAGUUGAUUUUGGCAAUCCAUGCCAUCAGCCUUCGCUUCGGGCGCAGUCCGGCUGGCAGUGACCUUCGCCCUUAUAUCGGGGAUUGCGCUCGUAGAGCGCGCACUCUUGUAAUGGAGCGCGUGGGCCGCGGGUCUGUGGAGCUUUCAACACUUCAAACCCUUUGUCUUCUGGCCAUGUUUGAUUUCACCGCUGGUGAUGCCGUACAGGCCGGGCUGCAUCUCAAUAUGGCAGCAUACCUAGCCCAGAGCGUCAAUAUGAACGGGGAAACUCUAGGAGCGUUACAUGCCGAUCUGGACGAGAAGCGGAGAUGCCUUUGGAGUAUCUAUCUUCUUCAAAGCCUUCAGGGGGACGGCCUGCAGAGUGCUCGACUCAUCUCUGGCGUGCGAACACUCUUCAAUACUGGCUCGGGAUUCUCACGGACCUAUGACCUGACUUCAAUGCCGGACAGCAUUCCGAAUUGCUUGAGGGAGGAGCUUGAUCUUGUUUCUUAUGCAGUACAGGUUGGCGAAGUCUGGUCUAUGGCAAUGGCAUACGCUGCUAGCCGAGUUGAGCCAGACGCACCGGCGCCGUGGUCUCCACGGUCUGACUAUUCCAUUGUUACAUACCGGCAUAUGGAGUUUGACAGCCGGGUGCCACUCAAAUACCGAUAUGAUGCCAACAAAUUCCACGAGCACCGUCUUCACGAGCUCAAUCAGCGGCGAGAGUUCUGGGGCCCGUGGCUGUUCACUCAGUUCCUCUACUUGGCCAUUCCGUGCCUCUUGAACCAUCCGUUUCUGCUCUCGAGACGGCUUCGCGGUUUCCGACACACCAUGCCGCAGUCGUUCAUCCGCCAGUCGUUCGAGACCAUUACCAACAACGCCGCAUGGAUCCUCCACCUGAUUGACCUGAUCGAACACAAGGGCUUCGAGAUCUGUGACCCAACGCUUGCGCACUGUGUCCUCAUCAUCGCCACAAUCCAUCUCCAACAUAGUUUUGUCGAAGACGCUAGUUUUCGGGAGAAAGCGCGGAGAGGCUUCACCAAGUGUGUUCGGUUUCUCCAUCCAUUGGCACAGCGAUGGCCACACGUCCAGAAUAUGAUCGACCGACUAACCCGACUCCGAGAGAACGUCUCCGCUGGUGACCCCCAAGCCUCCCACUCUCGGCAAGCUUGGACAACCAACGCCCAGCUCCUAUGGGAGCUCCUGGUGUACGACCGUGCAGGUCGGUCUCCUCUGCCGAGCUCAAUCCUGGGCGCGACGCUUUCCGACUCCUCAGGACGACCGACCGCGCGCAUGACACCUGACCCGAAUUUCCCUCUAGUGGGCUCCGCAGGUAUUACAGGCCACAAGACGGUUGCGAAAGAAAUAUACACACAUCCACCAGAGACCGUGACAACACCGCCCCCAGUAGAAGCAGAAGCGCAGGCAGCGGCUGUGUCUUCGAUAGAUCUGGAUCCCUUUGGGAUGAUUUCGGACCCAACACUGGAAGGAAUCACGGACCACAUGUUUCUGGAGCCAGAGAGUUACGGCCGAGCGAUUGAAGAUUGGUGGGAAAGCGACGCUCUACUAUAG